AUGGUAACUGGUAAUGUUUCUGUGUUCUUUGGAGGUUACCUUGUAUUAGGUCCAGACUGGCAUCUUAUGCUCUCAAGCUGUUUAUUUAUUGUUCUUGGGUCUGCAGCGUUUGUAUAUAUUAAUGUUUUCACUAAUAUUUGUGUAGCUGUUGUGUGCUUAUCUAUCAUUUCCUUUGUACUAUUAUUAUUAUGUGCUUUUUUGAAUCCCGGCAUCCUGGUUAAGGAGCCGGCACCGCCUUCAGAUACAGCACCACACGAAUCGAGGUGGGUCGAUGUGGAGUAUUCAAAGUCAGAUGGCACACGUGCGGUGGCAAAGCUAGAGGAAAAAUGGUGUUAUAGCUGCAAUAUUUACCGUCCUCUACGUGCGGUCCAUUGCAGGUUCUGCGAUGUAUGCAUCUUGAGAAGAGACCACCACUGCCCGUGGACGGGAAUUUGCAUUGGUGCUGGUAACUACACCGCUUAUUUUGCUCUUCUUUGGUUAGUGUUGGCGUUGACAAUUGUGGCCUUUGUUGGAGGAGUAGUAUCUCUGAUUCGACGAACGAGGUCUCAUACUCAGGCAAAUAGCAAGCAUGACCCAUUGCACGGUUUUUAUGCGGCAUUGUCAGAAACUUAUUGUUUAGAGUUGUUUCUUAUUUUAAUAAGUGUGAUCUGGGUAGUGCUAAUUGCAAGUUUGGCCUUGAAACAUACAUAUUUGAUUUCCAAGAAUAUGACCUCUCUUGAUUAUCUUAAGAGUGAUAAUGAGAACAUCUUUGAGCAGGGCAGUUACGUAGAAAACAUUAGGCACUCACUGUGCUAUUUCAGUGAAGCCUGUAUACAAAGCACGAGAACAUUGCGUGACGCAACGUCCCAACGCGGCGUAAUCAUAGUGGAAUCCGUUUGA